AUGGACAAUUUCCUGGUCCUCGCCCUAACCUCCAUUCUCUUUGCAUUGUUUCUCAUCUACAUCGCAUUCAUCAAACGAGCCUCCAUCCUUGAAUUCUCAACUUCUUUGGUUCGACCAACAUCGUCUUCUUCAUACAAGCUCCCACCAGGCCCUCGUCCCUACCCAGUAAUUGGGAACAUCCUUGAGCUCGGCUCUGACCCCCUCUCGUCCAUCACGAACCUCUCCAAAUCUCAUGGACCCAUCAUGUCACUCAAUGCUCGGGCUCUCAAUCAUCACCAAGUCUCCAUAGCUUGGCUUCCCAUUUCGCCUCAGUGGAGAGCCCUUAGACGAGCUUGUGUUAUGAAAAUUUUCUCAACUCUAAAACUAGACUCCACCAAGAUUCUGCGUCAAAACAAGGUAGAAGACUUAAUCAAUCAUGUCCAUGAAUAUUCCAUUAAAGGUGAGGCUAUAAAUCCCACGGAGGCUUUCUUUAACACAGUUCUCAAUUUAGUAUCAAACAUGCUUUUCUCCAUAGAUUUUGCUUGUCAUGGUUCUGAUAAGGCUCAGGAGUAUAAGAAGUUGGUGAUUGGGAUCGUGGAUGAAAACGGGAGGCCUAAUGUUUCUGAUAUUUUUCCUACUUUGAGUUUUCUUGAUCCACAAGGCAUUCGUGCAAGGAUGAGAGGUUAUCAUAAAAAGUUUUAUAAGCUUUUUGAUGAUAUUUGGGAAGAGAGAUUGCAUUUCAGAGGUUGA